GGAUCCAGCCCUGCUGGAGGAUGUGUCAUUGCCUUGACGUGUGACUACAGAAUCAUGGCGGAGAACCCCAAAUACGUCAUCGGCCUGAAUGAAGCCCAGCUGGGCAUUGUGGCUCCCUUCUGGUCUAAGGACACGUUUGUGAACGCUGUGGGCCACCGAGUUGCUGAACGCUCCCUCCAGCUGGGCUUGCUCCACUCUGUGACCGAGGCCCACCAGAUCGGCCUUGUGGACGAGGUGGUGCCAGAGGAGAAGCUGCAGGAGAAGGCUGUGGCUGUUAUGGCACAGUGGCUGGCUCUGCCUGACCAUGCCCAUCAGCACAACAAGUCCAUGAUGAGGAAGGCAGUGCUGGACCACAUGCUAGCUCACCGGGAGGAAGACAUUCAGAACUUCGUCAGCUUCAUAUCGAAGGACUCCAUCCAGAAGUCCCUUUCGAGGUACAUGGAGAUGCUGAAGAAGAAGAAGAGCUGAGGAGCCAGCCAGCCAGCGGAGGCCCGGUCCCAGGAGCUUCUGUGACCCUCUGAAAUGUUGCAGUAUCUGUACGCUUUCACAGUGAAGCUGUCUGCGUUGUCAGUGAUUGGUUACAUGCUGCCUGCUCCGUGGCCACCACAACCACCCCCUCCUGUUAGUCCCCAUAGAGUGCCUGUCACCACCGCUGCCUUCCUGAGAGUGGGGAGAGCUGUUGGCUCAGCUCACUCGAGGAACAAACAGAGAGAGCCUUGCCAACACUACGGCUCGAGCCUCCGCGUCCUCGGGUAUCCUCCCUCGUGUCCAACCACUCAUUAUGAAAAUGAUAUUUGUCAAUAAAGCCUUUGAUGAGGUAA